AUGACUAAUCCAACAAUAUCGCCCGGGCGCCCGGGUGCGCAGGUGCCCGCCCGCCCACACUCUCACACUCGCACUGUGAGCUUCUGCUGGAUUGAGCAACCCGGUAGAAGAUGGUUGUUAGAAGCGUCGCGUGCGAUCCUUGUCGGCGGGCAAAGUUGGCUUGUGACCAUCAGCGGCCUACAUGCUCCCGAUGCCGCCAUCGGGGGCACAAUGACUUGUGCGUAUACAGAGCCCGUCCAUUCCGGAGAAGGAAUCAGAAUAAUAGAGUCGAUGAGUCAGUGUGAGUCCCGCUAG